CUCGCUCUUCUCCCUUUGGCCCUUGCCAAACUUGACAAGCCUGUCAUCCAGCCAAACUUUCCAGGAGGUGGUUUGGCGUCUUUAGGCCAGGGCCUCUUGGACAACUUGAAGCCCACCCAGUCGACUUCAGAUGUCUGGGGAGCUGGCUGGAUUCCCGCCGACUGCAAGUCUUUGGUUCAAGGUGCCGGGCUUUCGCCAAACGAUAUCACGCCUUUCAACAUUCACUACACCGAUUGCUCUCAGACCUGGACAUUUUGCCGACACAAGGACUCUCCUCUCAGCCAGACUGACAUUAUCGACCUCUUUGGUCGUGUGCCCGUUCGCAUGAGGGACUACAUUCGCCACUACGUCUUCAUUCCCGGCAACAAAUCGGCCGGCUCCAGCGGUGACAACACCCUCAUGGUUGGUGACGUCGACAUUACCGUCUUCCUCCAUGAGAUUGGCCACAGCUUGGACUCUCACGCCUUUGACCCUUCAUACGGCGUGCCCUUUUCCACCGGCAACGUUUGGAUCUCCAACUACAACCAGGACUCUGCGGUGACAGACGACUACGCCCAGAGCAGCCAGCAGGAGAACUUUGCUCAGGAGACUGUUGUUUCGGUGUACGACAAGAAUGUGCCCGGCGGCAUUGGCAAUAUCCAGCCCAACUGGCAGGCCAUCUUCCACCAAUACGCCACGCUCGAGGGAUACAUUGGCGACACCAUCAUCCCCGGCGGCACAUGC